CAGAGCGCAUGCGUGCGGUGCUUGCCCGCCUCAUACCAGGAAGACCUCGGCGGCCUUGGGUAAGGUGAAACUAUGGAAGCUGAAAGUAGACUUGCCGGCGAAUCUUUGCGAGAAGCCACCCAGCGAAGGUUGCGGAGGUUUUCAGAGCUUAGAGGCAAAUCAGUGGCAGCUGGAGAAUUCUGGGACAUUGUUGUAUUAACAGCAGCUAAUGAAAAACAGAAACUUGCUUAUAAGCAACAGCUUUCAGAAAAGCUGAAAAAAAAGGAGUUACCCCUUGGAGUUCAAUAUCAUGUUUUUGCUGAUCCUCCUGGAGCCAAAAUUGGAAAUGGAGGAGCAACCCUUUGUGCCCUUCGAUGUUUGGAAAAGCUUUAUGGAGAUGAAUGGAAUUCUUUUACCAUCCUAUUAAUUCACUCUGGUGGCUACAGUCAACGCCUUCCAAGUGCAAGUGCUCUGGGGAAAAUUUUCACUGCUUUGCCUUUUGGUAGUCCCAUUUAUCAGAUGUUGGAAUUAAAACUAGCCAUGUACAUUGAUUUCCCCUCACAUAUGAAUCCUGGGAUUCUGAUUACCUGUGCAGACGAUAUUGAACUUUAUAGUAUUGGAGAAUCUGAGUUUAUUAGGUUUGACAAACCUGGCUUUACUGCUUUAGCUCAUCCUUCUAGUUUGACUGUUGGUACAACACACGGAGUGUUUGUCUUAGAACCUUUUAACCAUUUAGAAUAUAGAGACCUCGAAUACAGAAGUUGCCAUCGUUUCCUUCAUAAGCCCAGCAUAGAAGAAAUGUAUGAGUUUGAUGCUGUGUGUAGACCUAGAAAAUUUUUUCAACAGGGAUUUGCUGGUAGUGACAUACCCUCUCUUAAAUUAGAGGCUGAGUAUGUCUACACAGACAGCCUAUUUUACAUGGACCAUAAAACAGCGAGAAAAUUACUUGCUUUUUAUGAACAAAUAGGUACGCUACACUGUGAAAUAGAUGCCUAUGGAGACUUUCUUCAGGCUUUGGGACCUGGAGCAACUGUGGAGUACACGAAAAACACAUUAAAUGUUACUAAAGAAGAGUCAGAGUUGGUAGACAUGAGGCAGAGAAUAUUUCAUCUUCUUAAAGGAACACCAUUAAAUGUUGUUGUUCUUAAUAACUCCAAAUUUUAUCACAUUGGAACAACAAAAGAAUAUUUGUUUCAUUUUACUGGAGAUAGCAGUUUGAAGUCAGAGCUUGGCUUACAGUCUGUAGCUUUUAGCCUCUUUCCAUCAAUACCAGAAUGCUCUACUAACAAACCCUGUAUUAUUCAAAGUAUACUAGAUUCAACAUGUUCUGUGAAACCUGGCUCAGUUGUGGAGUAUUCCAGAUUGGGGCCUGAUGUUUCAGUUGGGGAAAAUUGCAUCAUUAGUGGUGCUUAUGUCAAAACAACAGCUGUCCUGCCUGCAUAUUCUUUUGUGUGUUCCUUAAGCUUGAAGAUGAAUGGACACUUAAAGUAUUCAACUAUGGCAUGUGGAGUGCAAGACAACUUGAAAAAGAAUGUUAAAACAUUGUCAGAUGUAAAGGUACUUCAAUUCUUUGGGGUCUGUUUGCUGUCAUGCUUAGACAUUUGGAAUCUCAAAGUUACAGAGGAACUAUUCUCUGGAAACAAGUCAUGUUUGAGCUUGUGGAAUGCUCGUAUUUUCCCAGUUUGUUCUUCUUUGAGUGAUUCAGUGACAACAUCCCUAAAGAUGUUAGAUGCUGUACAGAACAAGUCAACAUUCAGCCUGAAUAACUAUAAGCUGUUGUCCAUUGAAGAAAUGCUCUUCUACAAAGAUGUAGAAGACAUGAUAACUUAUAGGGAGCAAAUUUCUCUAGAAAUUACUUUGAAUAGGAAGCAACCUGAUUUAGAGACAUCUUAUUAAAUAUUGUAUUGGAGAAGGAAAUGACAGCUCACUGCAGUAUUCUUGCCUGGAAAAUCCCAUGGACAGAGGAGUCUCAUGGGCUAUAGUCCAUGGGGUUGCAAAGAGCUGGACAUGACAACUUCUGAGCACAAAUAUUGUAUACUUUGCCUUUCUUGACUGAGCAAGAUUCCAGAUGCAGGAGUUUUCUGUAGACUGUUGGUUUUUAAUAGAAGUGAAUUAAUGAAAAUUAUAUUAACAUGAUUGAUAUAGCAUAACAUUAAUAACAAAAAUAUAAACAGUUUUAUAAUGAAAAUUAAUAUUGUAGGGCUGUAAGUUCAGAAAAAUGAGUUUUUAAAGUUUUAUCACUAUUUUAACUUUUCUUUUAUAAAGAUGGAUUUGUGGAAUGUUAUUUAUUCACAGAGUAGUAGAACAGUCUUAAAGGUGAUUUUCUGAACAUACCUUUAAAAUUUUUCAUCUUCUUUUGGACUUUGGUUACAAUGAAGUUCUAAAUAUUCACUGGCAGUUUUCUCCUUAAGUGCAUUAAUCCUAUUCUGGUGAACUGUUGUAAGCAUGCCAUACUAUAGGGUCUUCAAAACACUGUAGAAAUGAUGUAGAAGUACUUUUGCAGAAACAAAUCUGUGGCAGACAGUCAGAUAAAAUCAAUGCUUAAACUAUUGUGAUAGUCUUAAUUAAGAAGUACAAACUGUUCUGAAAUUGAUGAUAAAAAUCUUUUAUUAAUCUUAUCAAAAUGAAACCAAAAGGAUAUAUGUGCUGUUUUAUCCUUAUAAACUUGAACCCAUGUUUGUGUGUCUUAAAAAUUUUCCCCAAAGUUUCAUCUAUAGGAAAGCAUACAUACACAUAAAACUCAAGAAUCUGUAUAGGAAAAUGUUGGAAUAAUUGGGAUUCCCUGAUAAUCAUAUAAAUUCAUUUUGGACAUUAUCUUAAUCCUCCCUUAUUAAUCCUUUAACAGAACUAUUAAAAUUACCAGAUGGACAGAUUUUUACUUUUCAUUUUUUAAUUUUCUGACCAUGCACUAGUAAUGAUACUGAGAAGCAGUAAAUGGCCAAAAGGUAGACAGCAGGAAGGAGCCAGAAAAAUAGAAUGACUGUGAAAAUAUACAGAUAAUUAACAGCUUCAAGACAAUAAAAGUUGGCUGGAACUCUAAGCACUGUGUUCUUAUUUUGGUAUAGGCACAUAUUUGAAAUGUUUUCAUACCAAAGUCUAAUACUAGAGAAAAGUUUUGUCAGAAGUUUUGUGUUUUAACAUGAAUAAAUUGAAAUAGAACUGGUCUGUGCCACUGUUAUUUAUAUGUCAAUAUAAAAUUAGCAUAUCAAUAUGAAAAUAAUUGUUUGGUAAACCAGAAGUGACUUAUCAGCAAGUCUCAAUUAUGACAUUUAUGUGUAUUUUUUUUCCAAGUUUCUUCUCAAGGGGAAAAUAAAGAUAGAUGGUAGCUGUUGUUUAGCAAUUACUGAUUUACUUGCAGAGAUUUCAGAGGAUGUUAUGUGUCAUUCAUUAAAAAUUGAUUGCUAUAUUUCUAAUUGAUUUAAGGUACCAUCAGUUAUUAAGAAUCAUCAUUUUAUGUUUCAUUGAAAAAGAAAACACUGCCAAUAAAAUAAGAUGCAAUGCUUUUCUCAUUA